CGCCUGCCUUGUUUUGAGCACUCAACUCAUAUUCGACUUCAAGAGUUCAAUCGCUACACCGUUACUCGUGUUUGUACAGUCAAAUGCUGGGCAUGGUGUCCUGCAGUAUAUCUUGUAUUGGAAGUAUUUCGAGAGUUUCCAGCGAAAACAGGCCGCGCGCAUUCCCUGGAGACUCGCGUCGAGUGAUCACGAGCGCGACGACGUUUCCAACGUUACUUCGUCGCGAAACUUUAUUUUUGGGCUGUUCAUCUUUUCAGCUUUGCACCGCACCAGCUACUUUGGCACUUAUCCCAGGGAAUGACGAUGACGAUGAGCAGCUGCUCGCUAAGGCGAAAGCAGGACGUGCAGAGCGGAUCCAGGCAGAACGAGUACUCGAAAAGAACUAUGUCACUAAGAAUGAACUGAAGUUGGAUGCGGACUCUUCCAAGUUGCAGCUUGCAGUCUUUAAGUUGAGUAAGGCAGGCGCGCUUAUCGAUUCUGGUUACCUUGCUCUAGCAGCUGAGGUCCUCACACAAGGCAGCUGGGAAGCAGAGCUUGUUGGAACGGGGAAUUCAUUUAGGAAAGACCCUCGCACUUUUAUUGAUGAUCUCUCGUUGCUUAAGAGCGCAUGCGUAUCCGGUGACGAAGCUAAGGCAAAAUCAUAUUUCAUAAUGGCUGCCCGUUCUCUCCGGGCAUAUGCCGCGGCCACGAAUACGACCGAAAUAUUGAAAUUACUUUAGUUGUUAUUUUAAGCAGGUGUAUGUGAUUCUUGAUUACACGUGUACAACAUGUACACAUACGCGUGUCACAUGGAAUUACUUCCGGACCCGUCCGUGUGCAACCGCAAAUACAAGGGCUAAACUAUGAUAUGUUGUUAGUCUAAAAAAACAAAAUGAUAUCCUUUCUUCAUAGAGUAUUUAAACGUUGUACUGUACGUGUACACCCUCCAC